CGUCUCGCGGGAACUGGGAAUCGUUGUCCCGUCCUGGCAAGAGGAGGGCCGUUCAGCAAGCAGGCAAAGUCAGCACGGGGCCUAAAUGAAGGGACAAGGGGCGACCAAAGACUGCAAGUGUUGAGGAGCUGAGACCUGCAGGUCAGGAGAAGAGUUUCAAACUGGUUGGAUCUUUGCAUGUGAAGAGAACGAAACAGAGGAGUGAAACGAGGAACCGAGAACACCAGUCAUUAACCGGCAUUGGGACUCUUUAGCGCACUAUACCUCUAGGGGGCACUGAUACGCUUCAUUGAAUGUGCGGUGGGACACACAGGAAGAUGAAAGCAGUCAAAGAGGACGGGAGAGGACAGUUUGGGGUCAACAUGGAGCCCCUAAUCCUGCUGCUUCAGCUCUUCUGUGUUGCUGCUGGACGUGACCCACUCCAGAUUGACCCUCACAGGGUCUCAGGUUUGUUGGGGAAGGACGUGCGACUCGACUGUACGUUUGACCGCGGCAGGACUCGGGCAGAUCUUCAGAUUCACUGGGACAGAAUUGAGAGGUCAUUGUACAAAAGAGUGCACAGCUACCACAGCGGGCGAGAUGACCUCCACGAUCAGGACGCCGACUAUCGGGGCAGAACGAGUUUAUUCCCAGAGGAUUUCUCCAAUGGCAACGCUUCAUUGCUGAUCUCCAACGUGCGCGUGGCUGACGCGGGCGCAUAUUCCUGCUUUGUUGUUUACCCGAGUGGCCCUGAAGAGCACCGCAAGGAGCUCGUCGUUUUGGCUCCUUACACGGACCCUGAGCUGACCUACGACGAGCUUCUGGACUCUCUGACCUGCAAUUCUUCAGGUGGGUUUCCACUGGCCUCGCUGUCCUGGACCCAUACAAGCGGACAAGACUACACCUCAGCCUCCAGCACUCAGGCCCAUCUGAGUCCUAUGGGGGUGUAUGACAUUCAUAGCACCCUACGAGGAGAUUUCAAAAAGGAGGACAUGUGCUGCUCCAUCUUCAACCGAGACCUCGACGAGACCAAGACGCACUGCUUUGGGCGAGAGACCCCAGGUGCAGGUGCAGCAUCACCAACAUAUUUCGCGCUGCUCGGGGUCUUCUGUGUACUGAUGGCUGUCACGCUGUGUGCGACUCUCGCCGUCUAUUACAGAGACCACCUGCCCCACUCGGUUUGUGUCCACUCGUGGAGGCUUCGCCGUAGAAUCACCAAGUUUUCAUCGCCCGUGACGAUCAAACUGCUCGGCCUGGAAUUCAAUGGGAUUCCCUCCCUGAUGAACUCCUGCGUGUGGGCAUUUAAGAACAAGGGCGACUUUCAGAAUGUGGCCAAGGCGGACAUGGAGGGCGCCGUAAACGGAAAGCCCCUCGAGAUCAAACUGACGGAGUUCAUAACCCUGAAGAAGGAAAAGUUUUUAAAAUUGACAGACAACAAUGGCUUCGAGGACAUGCAGGAGUGCUUGAACAGAUGGAAUGAAGAAGCCAAGACGGAGAAGAGCGUUUUUGUGUUCGUGUACAGGUGUGAUCGGGUCAUGUCUGUAAAACUGAAAAAAGAAAUUGAGCAGCUGCUUAUGGAUCUGACGACUUUAAGUGGUCUGUAUCCUUAUGUCGUCCUCACAUUUAUGAACCGAAAUGGAUCAAAAGCCCUGGAGACCUUUUCCUGGCCAGAAUCGUUGCGGGUUUUCUUUGUCCACAAUUACACCAAGGACGACAAGAAGCGGAGUAGCGCCCGAGACCUCACAUUCCUGGAGUUCCUGCAGGCCUGCAUUGUCAAAGCAGGAGGUGCCGAACAACAGAGGGCACUGAUGCGCUGAGGCCGAGGCCACUUUGGGCAACGACUGCCCCCAGAUGCGGUUUGUUUUACAUUUUCAGUGUCACAUUUGUUUACCCUAAAAUGGGAUUUUUACAAUUCUUAUUUAUUUUGGUCAUAUAAUUGCCAGGGUCUGUUCUGUGGAGGUCUGUUUCCCAACCUAUAUUGGAUCCUCACCCUUUGUCUUAUAAGUGGGCUGCCUGAACAGCAGCUGGUUGUCUGCAGACUCCAACCUUUAGUGUGGGGCCCAGUAACCCGACCCUAGGUGGGCUACACUGCUCUUCAAUUUUGUAUGGUAAUGAGGGUCUAUGAAUACAACCAGGAUAAGGUGAGCAACUCUGUCAACCUGGUUUCCUAAACCCCCAUCUCUACUUGCAAGCCCCCUUGUGGCGUUCUCCUUUAACAAAACGCUCAUCACCCUCCACGGACAUCCUUAACAUGUACACACCAGUUUGAACAGGUUGUAAAGAUGCCUGUAACUUGCACCCCCAAGAAUUGGCUCUCCCCACUGGGCAGAUGCUGGCUAUACUGGAGGAAUUCUCUCUUGGCUGGUUCAGGAAUUCUUGGAAAUUCCAUAAGAGCUGCAAUCUGCUUGGCCCACUGCUGCAGAGACCCUCAUCAGGAGAAUCUUAUGGUUAAGGCAAGGCGGCCCUGUGCAAACAUGUCUGCCUAUGUUCAUUUUUAAUUAUUAUUAUACUGUAUUUAUGUAUUCUUGUUUUUUUUGUGAAAGUGUGUUUUUGAUCACAUUGGUUUCAAGCUGUGGAUGCCUAUUCUGCCAUGUCGCUUGGGUUUGGGGGGGCUGGGUCCUCAGAGAUAAGGGCUCCAGUCACUCUCCAUUGACGGCCUUGCCCGCCCCAGCCCAAUAAAGGCUCAUGGGAAUUGUGCCUGGUGUGUAUUCAGUGCUUGGUUUUUAUUUAUUUUUUCUUUUUAUUGGAUUUUUUGAUUGCUGUGCUCCACUCAAAACAAAUUGUUGUGAGGCCUUAAAAAGCAGACUAGAGUGGCUGGCUUCGGCACACAGCAGGUCGAAAAUGCACUUCUUAAAGAUAUACUUUAACAUCCCAAUUAUAUAAAAAAUUGGGUGGACAGGCAUGUCUGGCCAGCAUACAGAUGACCCCUUACCACAAACCAAGAGGCACGGAGGGGUUCCAGCAGGAGCAGUGGCGGUGGGGAGCUGCAUGCCACCAAAGGCACUGAGUAGAUGACCACAAAAUCUGCUGGAGUAGGCUGUGUCAAGCCGAGUCCCCCACACCUGCAUAUGUUGUCUAUCAAAGCAGAGUGUGGCUCUUUAGAUGGGGGAAGAUUUAAUCACCACCCUGUCGACUGAGCCGUGGAACAGUCACUGCACCACAUUCUCAGCUGGUGUCCAAAGUGAAAAAGGAGAAGAGGAGGCAGAAAGAGAUAAGUAGCUGAACAAUAUUUCCAAAUUGAACCAUGACAAUAAGCUGAAACUCAAAGGCUGCCACAUAACUAGCAAGUAUGGCAACAGCUGCAUUGGGCCCCUACAAUCACACCUAGUCAAAAAAAAAAAA